AUUUGAUUUGAUUUAGACCCGAAAAACGAGAGGCUGUUCCUUUGCCUCUUAUAAGUUUUUCUUCCUUACAGGAGCACAAAACAUACACAUACAUUGCUCAAUUUUGGUCCAAAGACACCAGUGGUCUCAACUCUUUCAAAACCAUAAGAAACACAAGACAAAAAUCAGUCUUAUGUGGUCUUAUCGGAUCCACUCAAUACAUAACUCAUACUUGUGUUGUCUGUACAAAAAGAAACUUCCAAACUGAAACACCCAUUUGACAUCUUGUAUUCUUUUUAUUUUUUCAAGCUUUUUUGAUAAUAAACCCACUAUCUCGCUUUUUUCUUGUUUCACUCCAGUUAAUUUGUCUCAUGGAAAAUUGAAUUGGAUUUGCUAUCUGGGUAUUUGAUUGGAGAGUGAAAUUUUGAUACUUCAUCUUUGUUAGAUUUGUUUCUGGUUCUUGUUAGAGAAAUGAUGUCAAUGACAUGUCAGAGUCUUGAUUUUGGGAGGACUGUACUUGAUUUGGCAGCUUGUGGGUGCUCUUCCAAUGCUUCAAUAGAUAGGUACUCAGUGAGGAAUUAUGCAAAGCCGGUUUUCAGGAGUUGUAAUAGAGACUAUGCUGCUAGAAGAUUGCUUUGUUGCCGGCGAGACUCUGCUAGAUGUAGAUUAUCCUCUACAAAGACCCCUGAGACUGUGCUUAAUGGAGUUGCUAAAGGUCCUGCAACAUUGUUGGAUUUGAAGGAGUCAAAAGGCCCAAUUUCAGUGAAAAACUUGUUUGAAGGGGUUGCUGGUGAUCUCCAGACUCUUAACCAAAACCUCCGGUUGAUUGUUGGUGCAGAAAAUCCAGUUUUGAUGUCUGCCGCUGAGCAGAUAUUUGGCGCUGGUGGGAAGAGGAUGCGGCCAGCUUUAGUAUUCCUAGUAGCAAGAGCCACAGCAGAAGUAAUAGGAUUGAAGGAACUUACAACAAAGCAUCGGCGUUUAGCAGAGAUCAUUGAGAUGAUCCAUACUGCAAGCUUAAUACACGAUGAUGUAUUAGAUGAAAGCAACAUGCGAAGAGGAAAGGAAACAGUUCAUCAACUCUAUGGUACAAGGGUGGCAAUACUGGCUGGGGACUUCAUGUUUGCUCAGUCCUCAUGGUACCUAGCAAAUCUUGAAAACAUUGAAGUCAUUAAGCUUAUCAGCCAGGUUAUUAAGGAUUUUGCAAGUGGUGAAAUAAAGCAGGCAUCUAGUUUGUUUGACUGUGAUGUUGAACUUGAGGAGUAUUUGAUCAAGAGCUAUUACAAAACCGCCUCUUUAAUCGCUGCUAGUACCAAAGGGGCAGCUAUUUUUAGUGGGGUGGACAGGAGUGUUGCUGAACAAAUGUAUGAAUAUGGCAAGAAUCUUGGUCUAUCCUUCCAAGUUGUUGAUGACAUACUGGAUUUUACACAGUCAGCCGAGCAGCUGGGAAAGCCAGCUGGCAGCGACCUGGCCAAGGGGAACCUGACUGCACCUGUUAUAUUUGCUCUAGAGAAAGAGACUAAACUUAGAGAAAUCAUCGAGUCAGAAUUCUGUGAGACGGGUUCUCUUGAUGAAGCUAUUGAGUUGGUGAAGCAGUGCGGGGGAAUUGAAAGAGCACAAGAACUAGCAAAGGAGAAAGCUGAUCUUGCAAUUCAGAAUCUUGAUUGUCUUCCUCGAGGAGCAUUCCGAUCAGCCCUUGAAGGAAUGGUAUUAUACAAUCUUGAACGAAUUGAUUAGUUAUAUACAUAUAUAUGUUCUUGUACAAUAUACCGCCCGAAAGGAAACAAAUAACUGGCGAGAAUUUACCCUGGCAAAUACUGAAGAAGCUUUAUGAGAAUCCUCUACCAGUGCAGCAAUUGUCCUGUGCAAACUAGGCAACUCCUGCUGAAGAGAAGCUGCUGGAGACUUUGUUGUAUAUUGAUAAAAGUCUAUGAUUCAGCUCAAAUAUAUUGUUUAUUCAACUACAGGUUUGACACAUUAUUCCCAAAGAAAAAUUGACUCUGGUUUAACUCUGAUGUUGAGAUUCUAAGGCCAUCAAUAAUGUCAAGCUGCAUUAUAUACUUUGGUUA